AUGCUACCGUACCUGUUCCCUGACCUUGCUGCCUUUCCAACAGUCACUGACCUCAUUACGCACCUUCGCACUAGCGACACUCGCUACCGCGCUGCGCUUCCUGCUAAGUUCUGUGCCAAGAACCCCCCCCCCAUGUACAUCACCCUCUACUACAUAGUCACCCGGCUCCCUGACUCCUUUCGCUUACUCAGGGACCACUUCCUCUCAGUUUGCCCCACCACACUCACCGUUGACCUCCUCGAGGAGCGCCUCCUAGCAGCAGAGAAGAGCAUUGUCGCUGUAGGAGCCUCUCGUGGUGACCCUCGCACCCCCGUCUUUGAGGGGUGUUCCCCUACCUCCCUCUUGCCCUCUUUUGCCUCUGCUGCUGCGGCCGACCUCGUUGGUUUCGAGUCGGUCGGCGUUGCGUCUACCCCUAGUGGGAGACGCCGCACCGGCAAGGGCAAGGGGGGCAAGGGCGCUGGAGGGGCUGGCGGGGGUGGUGGAGGUGGUGGUGGAGGCAAUGGAGGGGGUGGGGGUGGUGGUGGGAGUGGUGGCGGGGGUGGAGGUGUCGGUGGCAGCAGUGGAGGCGGAGGAGGCGGCAGCGGUGGCGGAGGGAGCGGAGGCGGCGGAGGUGGCGGAGGCGGCGGAGGUGGCGGAGGCGGCGGAGGUGGCGGAGGCAGCGGCGGCAGCGAUGGAGCUGGUCGCGGCUCUGCACAGAGGAGUGGGUCUGGUGGUGGUCCGCGCCAGCAGCACCAGCGCACUCUCAGGUAG